UGAGUUUCCUGAACGGGACCGUCGGGGCCCCUUCCUGCUUCGCCUGCAGCCCCACGAUGCGGCGCGUGGCAAAGAAAUUUCCCCUGGUGAUUUUUAUUCUUCCUGGUCCUGGAGCCUCCCUUUGGGGAGAAGGACAACACGCAACAGAGGCUUCACGUUGUCCUGGUCUGCGGAUGCGUUUCCAGCUUGAUGGAUGCUGUUGCCAGAAGAAAAAUAUACCAAAGUAUAAGACACUUAUACGAAAAAAGGAAGAGAAGGACCAACUAAAGCACUACACAAAUACUAAAAAUAGAUAUCGAAAGCUGAAAUAGCCAAUAAAGGCAAAAUGAAAAUCUUCUAAAACAACUCC